CCUUCAGCAAACGGAACUCUUCGCAAGAUCAUCAACACCCACAAUCCGCAAAUGCUACCCUCUCUCGAUAAACAGCUGCAUGCAGAUUGCCUCCUCUCACUCACUAGAACCGCGCGCAUUGCGAGCUCGUCUGUUGGAUCGUGGGAGAAGUUGAGCUGAGAAGGGAGGAGGUUGCAUUGUAUUGGCUCCAUGGCAGACAGGGGGGACGACGUAGCAGUAGGAGCAUCGAGACAUGAGCGCAACCCGCUCGGCACAAGUGCUCAGACGCGAGAGAAAGACUACAUAGAACCAGCCAGUAGUCCCUUCAUUGAUCCAGUGGAGCUGGGGCGGUGGUCCUUCUGGAGAGCUGGGAUAGCGGAAUUCUUCGCCAGUUUCUUGUUCCUCUACAUCACCGUUCAAACCGUCAUGGGCCAUAAUCGCGGCGAUGCCUGCGCGGGGGUCGGCAUUCAAGGAAUUGCGUGGGCCUUCGGCGGCAUGAUAUUCACCCUCGUCUACUGCACCGCUGGAAUUUCAGGUGGACACAUAAACCCAGCUGUGACAUUCGGCCUCUUCUUGGCAAGAAAGGUGACAUUCCCACGUACAGUAUUGUACAUUGUGUGUCAAUGCUUGGGUGCUAUUUGUGGAGCGGGAGCAGUGAAAGGCUUCCAGCCUGAUUUUUACCAGAGCGUUGGCGGCGGUGCCAACACUGUGGCGCAUGGGUACACUAAGGGAGACGGUCUAGGAGCAGAGAUUGUGGGCACAUUCGUCCUAGUUUACACCGUAUUUUCUGCCACAGAUGCCAAACGAAACGCCCGCGAUUCUCACGUUCCUUUGUUGGCACCUCUUCCCAUCGGAUUUGCAGUGUUCCUGGUGCACUUGGCCACCAUUCCCAUCACUGGUACAAGCAUCAACCCAGCUCGCAGUCUCGGCGCUGCAGUGAUUUGGAACAGAGAUCAGGCUUGGAACGAUCAUUGGAUCUUCUGGGUUGGUCCGAUUUUGGGAGCCACUUUGGCGGCCAUGUAUCAUACUUUGGUGAUCCGUGCCAUUCCCUUCUCUGCAAACCGAGCCUGAAGGAUUAAAAGUAUCAACAUUCUAUUAUUUGGCUUUAUAUCAACAUUUGGAGAUGGAAUGCCACCAAAUUGCCGUUUUUGUCUAAUAUAAGCUGGCUUUUGCAAAGCUGCAAAAAAGAGCUGAAUUCAUUCGCUUUUACACUUGACACCAUGGGCA